UACAGAGGGUGAAGGCAGAGGUGUUUGCCUCCCAGCCAGGGCUGAGCAGGAGGAUGGAGCAGGCUGGUGGCCAUCAGCUCUGCCCUGUGCCUUGCUCUUGCUCUGGUGAAGAAAUCCAGAGCAAAUCCUGGGGCUGUGCGUUUGUGAGAUGUGUGAGAGCAGGAAUGUUCACAUCAGGCCUAGGGCAUGGCCAGGAUGUGCCCCAUGCUCUGGGGCAGAGGUGCUCCAGCAGCACCAGCUCCAUAUGGUGGCUGGUGGCUCCCAGCCCCACCACUCCCUGGGCAGGUCUGGGUGGUGCAAGUGGAGCAGGAAGCUGGUGAGUGGGAUGUUUCCUGCUGGGUUCGAUUAAGGCCAUUUAGCUACAGAGGUGCCUCUGCCCUGAAGCCUUUCUCCAGCCUGAAAUGUAUAAAAUGAAGAAUGAUGAUGUGACCUUUUUCUUUGCAAGCAGCAAACCUUGUGAUGGCCCUGGAGCUGGAGGCGUGCCGAGCACAGGCAGGGAUUGGGAGCUCCUGUGGUCCAUGUGAGGAGGCCAGCGAGGCGGCAGGGAUGCUGCAGAGGUUGGGCUCUGCUUGCUGCAGGGCAUCAUGUUUCCCCUUCCUCCCUUCCCUGGAGCAUGGGAACCCCACGUUGAGGUUUGCUCACUGAUGUGGGUGACUCCUGGCUGGAGCUCAGCCCAAGCAGGGGGUCCCACCCUCUGUUCCCCAAGCCCAGGCUCUCUUCCAGGCUGUUCAGUGUUCCCCAGGGCUGGGGUGCAGUGAGGCUCUGGUGCAACUGCUCUCCAUGGUCCCUGCCAGGGCUCCAGGCAGGAGCUGCUGCUCUUUGCUGUAUCACAAUCACUCUUUCCCAUAGGAUGCAACUCAAAAGGGUCCUCGUGGUGUGGAAAUGGAGCCGUGCUGCUCUCCCUGCUGUGUGGGGCCCUGGUUUACUUCUGCUUUGUCCUGCUCAGGCUCCUGAAUAAUGGAAGGGCUGUAAGCAGAUCCGGCCCAGCUCUCCGGUUUCCCCAGGGGAAUCAUGGAAGCUUGGAUCCCCAGCCUCCCCCUGCCCCUCUCCUUGCUAGGGAUCCAGUGUAGGGCAGGGCUGUGGGUAAGGUGGUUGGUACCUGCUGUGAUUCCCUUGUCCCACCCCAGUGCUCACUCCAGCCCCAGAUGGGGGGACCCAAGACCCCAUCGUGGUAGGCAAAAGGGGCUGUGUCGUGGCUGUGGAUUCCUUUCUCACUAUGGGCAGGUUUGUGGAGAGCCUCAUGUGCCUGGAGAGGGGCAAAUCCUGUCUUGAGAUGGCCCAUGAGGACCCCAGGGGGAUUCUGCUGUACCUCGUGUCAGUGGGGUGUGCUCCCCAAAGGGCAGGGUCUGCAGCGGGGCUGCCAGCUGCGCCCAUAGGUCCCAUGGGGACCCCAGGCUGCGUUGGGCACCGUGGCUCCAACCCUCCCCUUCCUUCCUGCAUGGGUGGGAAGCACUGAGCCCUGGUUCCUGCAGCUGCUGCCGGUCCUUGUCACAUCCCUCCCUGAGCCCCACAUCCCAUCCUUGCCAUGUGCAGUCACUGCUGGGGUGUUUCCCAACUCCCUUGGUUGUCCUGGUGUCACUCAGCCCUUGUCUGGGUGCAGAUACAGGCCUUGGUGUCCCCAUUGAGCUCCCGGGACCCCACGGGCACAGAGCCACCGGCAUCCCGUGCUGGGAAUUUAAGGAUUUAAACAUCAAGCACCGUGAGAACAGGGAAAGCCAGUGGAUCUGGGAGCCUGCGGAUGCCUUUCCCUCUCCUUCCCAACGCCAUUACCUGCUUCCUGUUGUACCUUAUCUCUCUGCAGCCACCUUUGUCCUUGCAGGUUUGUUUGAGCCGGGCAGUUCCAUCUGAGCCCACAGCGAGCAGCCGGGGCUGGAGGGUGUCCCAGGGUAGAAGACAAAGCCUGGGAAGAGACACUGGGGCCCUUCUGAAGGUCUCGGUGUGUCCGGUGCUAUGCGAUGCUCCCUGAAGCGCUCCCUCUCGGCUGCGCUCGCAGCCUCCUUCCUCCUCCUCCUCUUCCUCUACGGGGGCAGCCGGCAGGAACAGGAUCCCCCAGAGGUGGAGCUCGGGGCCUUGGCCCCAGACGCGGUCCUGCAGCUGCUGCAGCCGGAAGGAGCCCAGCGCAUCCUCAGGGACACGGGCGGCCUCUCUGCACUCCACAACGUCUCCUACCACCUCCUGGCUGGCUCCCUGUCACCCCACAAAAAAUUCCUGGCGGUGGGAUUGGCAUCGGUGCAGCGGCCGCGUGGCUACUACCUCCCGGCCACGCUCCAGUCCCUCUUCAAGCAGUCGACAGAGGAGGAGCUGCAGGAGAUGGUGGUGGUGGUGCACUUGGCUGACGCCGACCCCACGUGGAACGUGCGUGUGGCCGCCAACAUCGCCACCAGGUUUGCUCAGCACAUCCUCCUGGGCCGGCUCCUGCUCAUCCACGCUCCCCACGAGUUCUACCCCACCCUGGAGGGCCUCAAGAGGAACUUCAAUGACCCGGAGGAGCGGGUGAGGUUCAGGUCCAAGCAGAACGUGGACUACGCUUUCCUGCUCGCCUUCGCCGCCAACCUCUCCUCCUACUACCUGAUGAUCGAGGAUGAUGUGUGGUGCGCCAAGUCCUUCCUGAUGGCCAUCCGCAAGGCUCUGGCUUCCCAGGAGGGCUCCAACUGGGCCACGCUGGAGUUCUCCAAGCUGGGCUACAUCGGGAAGCUCUACCGCUCCAGUGACCUUCCUCGCCUGGCUCGCUUCCUCCUCCUCUUCUACCAGGAGAUGCCCUGUGACUGGCUGCUGGUGCACUUCCGCCUCCUGCUCACCCAGAAGGAUGCUAUCCGCUUCAAGCCCUCCCUCUUCCAACAUAUGGGCCUCUACUCCUCCUUCCAGGGCACCGUCAACAGGCUGGAGGACGAUGACUUCCAGGCUGAUGCCAUGGACCUGCCGGACAACCCUCCAGCGGCCUUGUUCACCACCAUGUCUGUCUUUGAGAACUACGAGCCCCUCAAGGCCUACAGCACCGCCGAGGGGUACUUCUGGGGGAAGGACCCAGCAGCCGGCAGCACCUUCUCCAUCGUGUUCCAGCAGCCGGUCCGUGUCACCCGUGUCCGGGUGCGCACCGGCUCUGCCGAGCGCCGGGGGGACAUCCUGCGCGCCGGGGUGCUGGAGCUGGGCCGGCGGCGCCGCGACGAUGGCCGGGACUGCUCUGCCUACACCAUGGUGGGCAUCUUCGAGAAGGGGAGCUGUGAGCGGCGGGGGCUGGAGAAGGGCGUCCCAGGGCCUGUGGAGUGUGUUAGGAUCCGGGUGACCCGGGACCAGAGCGAGUGGCUCAUCAUCCAGAGCAUCGAGAUCUGGACCGCGGCGGGCAGCUGACCGUGGAGGAGGCAGGUUACAAACGUUGGUGCAGUUUGUACUCAGAGGUUCCUUGGUUUCCCUGCUCCCUUUUUUUUGGAUGAGGAAUUAAAUUAUUGGCUCCUGCUGG